AUGGCCGUUGCACGAGUUAUGGGGACAACAACUGUACCCUCCUCUCUGGUACAACAGAGAGCACCUCAUCGGCUGCCAAACCCAAGCAAGAAAUUUCCUGAUGGCCCAAUAAUGCUGGUUGCGAAGCGACAACAGAGUAGCGCGUUGGUUCUCCCCAUCACUCCCAGCGGGGGCUGCAGCAAUGGUACUUCUCCAGGAAUUCAUCAGGUGGUUAUCGCCACAUCAGCAUACACUAGAAUAUGUAAGACACACACAGAUACGCAAAUAAACACACAAAUAAGCACACGCGUGUGCUCGCCGGAUGCAGCUUCGCCAAAUCUAUCCUAA